GGAUAAAAACUUCAUUAUUGAUUAAUUUUGCAAGAAUGGAUAAUGUUUCAAACAUACCCGGUUGGUAUGCUGGUCAAAGCAUCUUUGUUACUGGAGCCACGGGUUUUAUGGGUAAAAUCCUAGUGGAAAAGUUGCUGAGGUGUUGUCCUGACAUAUCCACCAUAUACAUCCUGAUCAGGAACAAAAAAGGACGUGACGCUAUGGAUCGCUUGGAUGAUUUCCUAAAUUGUCCGGUUUUCGAUAAAAUUCGCGACCAAUCCAACGGCGAAAAGCUGCUGAACAAGCUGCAGUGCGUUAGCGGCGACGUAACCUACCCUAAUCUGAAUAUUUCCGAGCAAGAUCUCGGCCUCUUGAAGGAGAACGUCACCGUCGUGUUCCAUAUGGCCGCCAAUGUCAGAUUCGACCAGCCGUUAAAGAAUGCCGUACUAUUAAAUACCGGUGGUACUUUGAACGUAUUAGAUUUGGUGUGUACCUUUAAAAAACUAAAAGUAUUUCUUCAUGUUUCUACCUCUUAUUGUCACUGCGAUGAGACCAAAUUAGAGGAAAAACUUUAUCCAUCACCUCACAAUCCAAGACAUAUUUUGGAACUGGUAAAAUGGAUGGAUGCAGAUUUGCUAAGAAUACUCACCCCAAAAUUGUUAAAGAAUUCACCCAAUACAUAUGCAUAUACAAAGUGUUUGACGGAACAACUGGUAUCAGAAUAUGCAGUAAAAUUUCCCAUAUCUAUUUGCAGACCAUCAAUAGUUACAGCGGCAUGGAAAGAGCCACUUCCCGGCUGGGUGGAUAACCUAAACGGACCAACGGGCAUUCUGAUUGGUGCGGGCAAAGGUGUCAUUAGAACGAUGCACUGCAAUCCGGAUUUCAUUGCCGACAUAGUACCGGUGGACAUAAGCGUGAACGCCUUGAUCAUGAUCGCCUGGAAAACGGCAAUCCAACCGAAAGUUAACGAAGCUGAUGUGUAUAAUAUCACAGUAAAUCAGAAAUAUGCGUUGAAUUGGGGCGAAGCUUUAGCAAUGGGCAGGAAACAUUUUUACCAGUACCCAUUCAGUGUGUGUCUUUGGUACCCAGGAGGAAAUAUUAAGACUACGUACGCUGCCCACGCUGUUUCGGCAUUUUUUCUGCACACUGUACCAGCCUAUAUAGUCGAUUUUUUCAUGUACUUAACAAAUAAUAAACCUUUCUUGGUCCGUACCCAACAACGAAUACACAACGGCUUGAACGUGCUUCAGUACUACACCACGAGACCCUGGUACUUCCACAAUGAAAAACUAGAAAAAUUACACGAGGACUUGAGCGAUAAAGAUCAGGCUAUAUUUUACGUGGAUAAAGGCCAAAUUAUGAACGACGAAUACAUGGUCAGUUAUAUUUUGGGAGCCAGGAAGUACUGUGUACACGAAGAACCAGAAACUAUACCAUAUGCAAGAAAAGUAUUGAAAAGGUUGUACUAUUUAGAUGUCCUGAAAAAUAUAAUCCUGUGCUGUUUAGUUAUAUACACAUUCUACAUAUUGUUCAGCAGUGUAUUAGGGAAAAAUAAAUCGUUGCCUUCAUCAAAUAUUACUAUUGACAGGACUUUAAAAUCGUUCGUAAGAAACGAACCAUAAAAUUAUAAAUUAUAAUUAUUAAUUAUAAUGUGUGUAUAAAUAAGUGCAUUUAUUUAUAUUUAUGUUUAUUUAAA